AUGACUUCGGAUAAUGCGCUUCUAGAACGCCCGACCGAGUCUUUGAUCCUUCCUACCAAGCGGCGAUUCUUCCCUUUUAAAAUACCUAAUUUCCAUCAUCAACUUCGUAACUAUAUCAGCACCGCGGACCCCGACAGGAUUUACGUGGUCGUCGACAAAGUUGUAUAUGCGAUUCACGUUGAGUCCCGCAAGCGAGAGAGUAUAGCCGUCAUACCCUUCGAGCCGAAAUGUCUCGCUGCUGGCUACGGAUGGAUUUCUGUGGGAGGUUCGGAUCAUGGAGAAUGCGCUUUCAUUCGAAUCGCUGAUCAGAGAGUGCGUGUCCGAGACGAUGAUGCGCCGGUUUCACAUCCUUCAGAAGUGGAUAGCGCGCUUCCCAUUGAUCUCGAUCCUCCAAGCAGGGUCUCGUCUCCGUGGCCCACUGGUGAGGGAACAGAUUCGGGUCGUUCAAAUUCAAGACUGCUUCCAGAGGUGCAACUCCACAAGUUUGGUGGUAGCAUUGUCAAUUCCGUCGCCUUCCACCGAUUACCUGGUGAUGGGAAGGGCUUAGCAGACGAAGAUGUUUUGAUUGUCAGCAAUAACGAUAAGACUGUGACCAUUUACUCCUUAACCCGUGGGAAAGUUCUCAAGGUCCUUCACCAUCAGUCAUGCAUGAAUUAUGCGACCAUAUCACCAGAUUCAUCCUUGCUUGCUGCCGUCGGUGAUGAAAGUCGCGCAUAUUUUUACGAGGUGUCUCGCGACCUGGAUACUGCCGUGCUCACGGAAAAUGGUGACAAGCUCACUGGGUGGGAAUGGAAUCUCAUUCGUCACGUGGACAUGGAUAUAGGCACUCGGUUUGACGCUGGCUCUUGUUUUACCAUCGCUUUUUCUCCGUCUAGUCACCUGUGCGCCAUAGGAUCGCAAUCGGGCGUGAUUACAAUAUUCAAUGUUCAGAUGGUUUGGGAAAGCUCGCUUGGCCUUUAUGACAAGAGUUCGAUUAUAUGCCACUUCCAUUCUUCUCGGUCUCACUUUGAUGGCGGUGCUGUGCGGAGCAUGAUUUUUUCGCCAAUGCCAUGGGAUCUCCUGGUGUGGAUCGAAGACAAUGGUCGAGCAGGAAUUGCGGAUGUCCGCCAUGCCUUUACACGCCGACAGAUACUAGAUUUGGACCCGAAGGAUCCUAGCCUACAGGAAGUCCGUACAGAACCCAUCCUAGAUGACUCAGAGGGACUAGGGUUUGCCUUCAACCAGGCAUUUCCCGAGUCGCGCGAUGAGAUGGAUGCGGCCCAGCGUGCGAUGCUGGAUUCGAUCCAAGGUUCCUCAAACGAACAACGAGGAGACGGACCUGGUCGUUCAACAUUGAGAGAGAGUUUGAUGCAUGACCUCACGGAAAGAGAAAGACUAAUAGUCGAAUUUCUGAACACAGCGCGAUGGACUUCGAGAGUGGAAGAGGGCCUGACGGGCCGAGAAGGGAGACACAGCUUACACCCACAUCCUCGCUCUAGCGGUAUCCGUCCAUCUCGUCCUACUUCGCCUCUUCGUCCUAAUGAUCCCCAUCACGACCUAUUGCGGGAUAGUUACGUGGGCCAAAAUGCUGAUCAUCGCCAUUCAAGCACGAGGCGUCAGGGUCCCAUUGUUCUACCACCCAAUAACCCAGAGAAUACGGAGACGCAACCUAGUAUCACUGUUAGCUGGACUGCUUCGCCUGCAGAAAUCCAGCCAGCAACAUUGGACAAUUCGUCGCGCACGCCCGACUCGGGUACAGGCGACGCUAGUGGAAUUCAGCGUUCAACCUCGACUCCAAGGCGUGCUGAGCAACAUGAGAUAACCUCUGAGAGUCGCUAUGAAUCACCACGGCUGUUGAAUUCUGAACUGCGGGCUAACGUGGCGGCGGAGCGCCUUCGACGGCAACGUCAGUUAAUCAACGAAGCGCAUAACCGCAACAGCCUACGAGACCAGCGGCAUCGACCACAUCUCUUGGGGUUUGAGCACUCUCCUAGGUGGAUUCGGAAUAUCUUGAACGAGCUUCCCGACAGAAACUAUCAUGUGCAUAGGGACCAGGAUCCCGGCGGUACAGCUGGACUUGGAUGGGGGGCAAAUGGAAGGACCCUGUACGUCGCCACUGUGGAUGGUAUAUUCGAAUUUCACCUCAAUAUUCACGAUCGAAAAACAUUCCCUAUCGUCUCCUUCCGAUAA